UAGAUCUUUUUACAGAGGAGGAACUUCUUCCUCUCAGUGCUCCUUCGUUCAAAACUAUCACCAGACCAUGGCCAAUUUCAGCUAAACCCAACACUCCACCUCAGGAUAGUACAACACCACAAAGUGUGCCCAAGCCUCAGCUGGAAGAAUCUGACUCUUCUCUGCCAGUGAAGAUGAAAAUGCUUAAUAAUUCAGGGCUUGCAUUGGCAAAAACCUUCCAGUCAACCACAGAAAGCUUCAUCAAGCUCAGAGCCUUGCAGUCCUCAGCUACCACAGAUAACGUCCGAGCCAUUUGGCCCACAAAACACACCACACCUCAAACACUCCCUGGAACAGAGGAAGAAAGAGAGGAGAAGACCACUUCUCAGAUGACGAUGAACAUGGAAUCAACUUCAAGUCACAUAAAGAUGAAGUCUAAUUCAGCUUCUUUAGAAAUGACAGAAAACAUCAUACCAAGCACAGUAGCAGCCAUCAUCAGUCAGUCAGAGGUCACUAUGAAAACUUUAACUGAGCAAACUCACAACACUGGAACCAUUUCCAGGCAGAAUUUCAGUCAGGCCAAUGAACAAAACACGCUGUCAAAUGCAACUUCAUCACCAACCACUCAGAGCCAAGCUGCUACUAUUCCAGAAACUUAUUCCAAUCCAAUCACAGAUGUGAGAAGCUACAUGAAGACCAAUGCUGGGAUGACAGCUACUACCACAGAGUCUGGCAAUACAGGAACAAUUGUCAUUCUGUCUACAUCACAUGUAACUGAGGGUGAAAGUGAUUCCAGCACAACUGCAUCAGUGUCCACAAACAGACUGGUUAAUAGUACCACUACAACUAUUACCACUGGCAAACCUGACAAACACAAUACAGACAGCAUUAGUUUGGUUAAAAAACAGCAAGACCCAAAACGAAAGAUCAUUAAAACUGUGGAGGAUGAGGAUGUUGAGGAGAAACCUCAAAGGCAGCCAGGUAAACAAAGAUAUGGCCGUAAUGAAGAUGCCUGGAUGAAAGACCCAUUGGCUCGUGACAACAAGAUCUACGUUGCUAAUUAUUAUUAUGGCAACAACCUGUUGGAGUUUCAGAACAUGGAUGUCUUUAAACAAGGUCGUUUCACCAACUUCUAUAAGCUGUCCUAUAGCUGGCUGGGCACAGGCCAUGCAGUCUAUGACGGUGCCUUCUUCUUCAACCGUGCUUUCUCACGUGACAUCAUCAAGUAUGACCUCCGGCGGCGACGUGUGGCAGCCUGGACCAUGUUGCAUGACGCUGCACUGGAGAGUGAUGAGGUUUCAUCAUGGCGAUGGAGAGGCCACUCGGAUGUGGAGCUGGCUGUAGAUGAAAGUGGCCUCUGGGUGAUCUACGCUGCACUGGAUGACGAAGGUUUCUUACAGGAAGUGAUAGUACUGAGCCGUCUGAACCCGGAUGACCUGACCACACAGCGAGAAACCACAUGGAGGACGGGGCUGAGGCGUGAACGUUAUGGCAACUGUUUUAUUGUAUGUGGGGUCCUGUAUGCAACUGAUCAUCAUGGAGAACAGCGGGAGAACAAUCUGAGCUAUGCCUUUGAUACACAUACCAAUACACAAAUGACCCCUCGGCUCCCUUUUGGCAAUAAUUCC